AGGUUUCCUGCCCGAUUGGAUUGGAUAAUUUGUUACAAUGGCUGAUCAACUUACUGAGGAGCAAAUCGCCGAAUUCAAGGAAGCGUUCUCGCUUUUCGACAAGGACGGUGAUGGCACAAUUACCACCAAGGAGCUUGGAACUGUUAUGCGCUCCCUCGGACAGAACCCGACUGAGGCUGAGCUUCAAGACAUGAUCAACGAAGUAGAUGCGGACGGAAACGGAACCAUCGACUUUCCCGAAUUCUUGACGCUCAUGGCCCGUAAGAUGAAGGAUACCGACUCCGAGGAAGAGAUCCUCGAGGCAUUCAAGGUUUUCGACAAGGAUGGAAAUGGGUUUAUCUCAGCUGCUGAAUUGCGCCACGUCAUGACCAAUCUUGGAGAGAAACUGACUGACGAGGAGGUCGAUGAGAUGAUUCGCGAGGCCGACAUCGACGGUGACGGUCAGAUCAACUAUGAGGAAUUCGUGAAGAUGAUGAUGGCCAAGUAAACUCUGGCUUCGAUGUUAACAAUGGGGAGUUGUCGAUGGUUGUGUUCUCGCCGUUCAGCAACGGGGUGUUGUGCAGCCUAAAUCUACUAACAAUUUAACCGCUCCUAAUAAACGAUGCGUUUAAAGCU